UGUCAUGAAAAGAGAGAAAGUGUCGUCAUUGCUGACGUUACGACUACCUCAUCUGAGAAUGGUAUGAGCUUAAAUAUGCAUCAGAUGGUCCAGCUCAACAAUUUUUUUCUCAGUCACCUAUGAUGACAUUGUUUCCUUUUUUUUUCAUUUUCCAGGUGCCCUGUGUACUACAAUUUCUCUUAGUGACAGUGAACAGGAUAUAGGAGCAGAAGCAGUGUCACUUUUGGACUCUCCUGAGAUAUCCUUAUGCCCUGAUGACAACUUGCUGGCCAUCUUAAGUCAAUCAAAUAUACUGCCUGAAACAGACAUUAACAACUGGCAACGUUCAAAUGAAGAAGAACGAGAAAGAGAAACUAAUUCUGUUAUCACAGGCACUGAACAAUGUGGCACAGACAGUGAUGAUCAUGGAUUUGACAUGAAUGGUACAGAAGGGCAUGAUAUACCUUUGGAGGAACAGGCAGAAAAUGAUGAUAUAUUUGUCACGAACAAUCUCCAGUCAUCUUCAGGAGCUGGAGCCGAGAAUAUUGUCAUGUUGUAUCAAAGAAAUGCUGAUCAAUCACAAUUAUUUAGGACUCCUGCAGCUGGCUCGUCAGACUGUCAUUCAACGCCAUUUGCUGUUGCAUCUGGCUGUCGAGGACGUUUGGAUUUCAGUGGCAUCUCAGAAAUGGGCCUAUUAACUCCUGAUAAUGUUCCAACUGAACUAGAUGUUUAUUCUGCUUCUGUCAUUACUACAAUGAAGGACUUAGUGGGAGGAGCUUCCCUUCAGCUAGUAAGUAUGCAUAUGACUCUGGAAAUUGCUUCGAUUUUAUACUGA